UCCGGCUGAAAGAGGCAGGAAGGAACACGGCUCUGCAGUGUCAGCCAGGAGGGAUCUUGUAACUCCAGACUGCCUGGCUGCAGACGGGGCCGCGGGAUCGCCGCCUCCUCCUGGGAGACUCUUCCUCCUCCUUCGGGAGAAAGACCAUGAGGCAAGCGACAUCCAGGGAGGAUCACUGGAAUGUACUUCUUAAGGAGACCAGGGCUUCCUGACUUUCAAUGUGUGGAGUCCACUUAACUGGGCCUUGGGAAGCGUGGAGCUGGAAUGGGAAACCACAGUAACCACACCUGUGUGACAGAUGACUCCUUCAAGUACAACCUCUAUGGAGCAGUCUAUAGCAUAGUGUUCAUCCUUGGCCUGAUCACCAACUGCGCCUCUCUGUUUGUCUUCUGCUUCCGCAUCAAAAUGAGGAGCGAGACGACCAUUUUCAUGACAAACCUGGCUGUCUCUGACUUGCUCUUUGUCUUCACUCUUCCUUUCAAGAUCUUCUACAACUUCAACCGGCACUGGCCAUUUGGGGACCCCUUAUGCAAGAUUUCGGGCACGGCCUUCUUGACCAACAUCUAUGGGAGCAUGCUGUUCCUGACCUGCAUCAGCGUCGACCGGUUCCUCGCCAUCGUUUACCCAUUUCGAUCCCGCACUGUUCGGACGAGAAGGAAUGCAGCCAUUGUGUGUGCUGGAGUGUGGAUUUUGGUCCUCAGUGGGGGGAUCUCAGCCUCUUUGUUUUCCACCACCAACAUCACCAACACAAGCACGACAUGUUUCGAAGGCUUUUCCAAAAGCAUAUGGAAGACCUACUUAUCUAAGAUUACAAUAUUUAUUGAAGUGGUGGGCUUCAUUAUUCCUCUCAUGCUCAACCUGACCUGCUCGUCGCUGGUGCUCAGGACUCUCCGAAAGCCCGCCACUCUCUCCCAGAUCGGCACAAACAAGGAGAAGGUGCUGAAGAUGAUUGUUGUCCAUGUGGCCAUCUUUGUGGUGUGCUUCGUACCCUACAACUCCAUUCUUUUCCUGUACGCCCUUGUGCGUUCUCAGGCCAUUGCAAACUGUUCCUUGGAGAAGUUUGCAAGAACCUUCUACCCAAUCACACUGUGCAUUGCUACCCUCAACUGUUGCUUUGAUCCGUUCAUCUACUAUUUCACCUCAGAAUCCUUCCAGAAAUCUUUCUACAUAAACCCCCACCUCAAAAACGAUUCCCUUUUCAAGACUGAAACCCCUCUAACCAAGGUGCCCCUGCCAGCGAUAGAGGAGGAGAUGAGUGACCAGGCCAUUACAAAUGGGACAGAUCUCACGUCAGAAUCACACUUCUGAUUCUGAAAUUCCCUGCACCUUUGAAGGCUUGGAAUUGAACUGCAAGGAAUUCCAUGCAACCUUCUGCCUGAAAGGUUUGGAACUAUGAAAACUGAGAGUCAUGCAAGAAAUGUGCGUUUGUGUGCACAUGUGUGCAUGCAUACAAACAGGCAGUAAAAUCUCUCCCUGCCCUCUAAACCAGUUGUCAUAGAUUAACUCAAGUCUCACUGCCCAUAUGUAUGUUUUGCUUUUCAAGCAAUGAA